AUGAAUGGUAAACUUUUAUCUUAUAGCAGUGAAAUACGGAAUGCUGUUUUAGUUAUACAUGGUGAAAAUGCUCAUUCACGCUACUUUGGUGAAGAUGCUUUUAAAACUCUAAAAGGAGAUAAUAAAAAACUUAUGAUUAUCCCUGGAGCUUCUCAUACAGAUUUGAAAAUAGAGAUGAUAAAAGAUAAAGUUGUUAUUAUUACAGGCGCUUCUUCAGGUAUAGGAGAAGCAACGGCUAAACUACUCGUUGAACAAGGGGCAAAAGUUGUUUUGGGAGCAAGACGCGAAGAGCGAUUGAAGGAACUUGCUGAUAAGUUGGGCCCUAAUGUAUCUUAUAAAAAAACAGAUGUUUCAAAAUUUGAUGAGGUAAAAUCCCUUAUUGAUUAUACAUUAGAAAUUCAUGGACAUAUAGAUGUACUAUAUAAUAAUGCUGGGAUUAUGCCGCAAGGAUUUCUUCGUGAAGGAAAUUUAAAAAGCUAUCAAGAAAUGAUUGAUAUCAAUGUAAUGGGAGUUCUUAACGGAAUAACUGCUGUUUUACCAACAAUGCGUAGCCAAAAAGAUGGGUUAAUCAUUUCAACUGAUUCAGUAGCUGGUCACGUUGUUUAUCCGGCAUCAGCUGUAUACAAUGGAACUAAAUUUAUGGUGAGAGCGAUCAUGGAAGGUUUAAGACAAGAGGAAAGAGAAUCUGGAAUUCGUUCAACUAUUGUCAGUCCAGGUGCCGUGUCAACCGAGCUUAUUAGUACUGUGGGCAACAGCGAGAUUGAGAAAGGUUUGACUGAUUUAUUUAAUGGUUCUACUGACAGUGGAAUGACCCUCUUGCCUAUUGAUGUUGCGAAUGCUGUACUUUAUGCUAUUAAUCAACCAAAGCAUGUAACCGUAUCUGAAGUACUAAUUCGUCCAGCUAACCAAAGUGUAUAG